CAAGCCUACUGAGCACGCAACUCUGCAUAAGCCAGCAAUAGCAGUUAGGUUUGGUGUGUUAGCUCAGCUCCAAGGCUACUCGUACCCUUUCAUAUCCCAUCUUGUAUCUCGCAGCUACCUUUCAUCUCGCUCUUCUUCCUCAUUCCUCGCAAACAUCUUUAAUCGCGACCAUCCCUCACCGAAUGGACUUGCCAAUUAAAUCCAUGGCGGAAUUCGCGGGAAACAUCGGCCGGAAUACCUGCUACUUCAUCGAGACUAAGUCUCUCUCCUAUGACAUCGCCACCGGAAAAUCAACCCACAAAACCAUUCUAGACAACGUUACCUGCGAGGCCAGGCCUGGCGAGCUUCUCGCCAUCGUUGGCCCAAGCGGUGCCGGUAAAUCCACGCUGUUAUCCGUGCUCGCCGGCGCCAUUCACCCUAAAACUGUCUCCGGCGUUAUCCUCGUUAAUGGCCGGGCGAUGGAAACCUCCUCUUUCCGCCGUGUCUCGGGCUAUGUCACCCAAGACGACGCACUCUUCCCCAUGCUAACCGUCGAGGAGUCCCUCGUCUACAGCGCGCGCCUGCGGCUGGGCUCUACGCUCCGCGAGGCUACUCUCCGCGCUCGAGCGUUGCUUUUACAGCUGGGCCUUCAGCCCGUCGCUAGAUCAAGGAUCGGCGGGCCAGGAACCCCUGGAGUUUCAGGCGGCGAGCGGCGGCGGGUUUCCAUCGGUAUCGAGCUUGUUCACAACCCCGCCGUGCUGUUGCUGGACGAACCCACGUCAGGGCUUGACUCCGCAUCGGCUCACCUCAUUGUCACAAUGCUUAAGUCAAUGGCGUCUAGUAACGGCAAGACGGUGAUACUCACCAUUCAUCAACCAGGGUUUCGGAUCCUCGAGCUUCUUGACCGCGUCGUUCUCAUCGCCGACGGCGUCAUACGGCACCAGGGGCCGCUUUCUCUACUCCAGAAGCGGCUAGAGGAAGCGGGUAACAUAAUUCCUCCGCAUAUCAAUGUGCUCGAGUAUGCCAUGGACGCAAUGGAAGUCUUAACAAUCGAAACGCAGAUGCAGGAAAGCUGCAGAGUACCAUAUUCUGUUCUGAGUGAGAAGAGAGAGAAAAGUAAUUACUGCUGCGCAAAUUCUCGAAUUAAGGAGGUACUAAUUCUUACCGAAAGAUUUGCUAAGAACAUGGUCAGAACAAGGCAAAUUUUCGUGGCGAGAAUGAUUCAAUCAGCCGUGGCCGGAUUAGGACUUGGAACCAUAUUUAUGAAUGCUGAAGACCAGCAGGCUAAAGUAGGCUUCUUUGCCUUCAGCCUCACGUUCCUUCUCUCUUCCGCUGUCGAAGGCCUUCCCAUCUUCUUGCAGGAGCGGAGGAUACUCAUGAGAGAGACUUCUCGUGGAGCUUACAGGGUGUCAUCGUAUGUAAUAUCUAAUUCUCUUGUUUUUCUUCCAAUACUUUUUGCCGCUUCAAUUCUCUACGCUACUCCGGUGUACUGGCUCAUUGGUCUAAGGAGGGAAAUCGACAACUAUCUUUUCUUUUCGCUUGUUAUUUGGCUGGUGAUGUUGAUGGCAAACGCCUUUGUUGCUUGUUUCGGCGCUCUGGUUCCAAAUUUUAUUAUGGGGAAUUCGGUGAUCGCUGGGCUUAUGGGUUCCUUUUUUCUGUUCUCUGGCUACUUCAUAUCGAAGCAGAGUAUACCCAGGUACUGGAUAUUCAUGUACUAUCUGAGUUUGUUCAAGUACCCAUUUGAAGCUUUCUUGCUAAAUGAAUUUGGAGAGAAGGGAAAGCAGCAGUGUAUACAGAGUGGAAAAGGAGGCUGUCUUCUAACAGGAGAGAUGCUCUUGAGACAGCAAGGAAUGGAAGAGUCUCACAAGUGGAGUAAUAUUGGUGUGAUGUUGGGAUUCAUCUUCGUGUACAGAAUUCUCUCCUUGGUGAUUCUUUGGAUCAAGUGUCUCAAGCUCACAAGAUAGAACUUUUUAGUACUGCUUACUAUUAUCACAGGAUUUUAAAAGUUAUAAGGUUUUUUUUUGCAUUCUUGUACAUUUUUUUUUUGGCUGUUUUUCUUAUUAUUCGGCUUAUAUAAACAUGUUGUAUUUAUAUUAAUGUUAUCUAAAUCUACAAAAAAGUUUUUCUAAAUAUAAACUUAUUUA